UUCUUUAUAUCCUCAAAAGGAUGUCCCAGUUCAGAGCAUCCUUAUUGUGUUCACGUAUACCAAAGGAGCCGAAGUUCUGUUGCUGCAGCUUUCUAUCCCUUCCACUGUAGCAUCAUACAGGCCUGACACCUGGUUUUUUGCAUUCUGUGCAUCAUCUGCAGAAAUAAUCCACAGAAACUAGAGACAACUAUCUUUCCUUUGCCUCCCUUCUAACAUCCUGAGAGGCAGAUACACAUUUGGUGCUGGCUUGGAGAUCUUUACUGAUGUUUUACUAGGUCCUUACGGGAAGAUUGCUCAGUCUUAUUGCAUCUGGUUCUGCUGAGGACUUGUUGCAUGUUGCUUCUGGCCCCAUCCUGCUGCUGCUUGCCUGCAUGUCUUCUGUGGGUGUGCUAGCUGCUACUUGGCCACCUUACCUCUGCUUUGCUCCUCUUGCUCAGUCUGUGCCCAGACCCUCUGUAUGCUGUACUGGCGCUCUGAAUUUGCUCAAUGCCAUUCACCCCAGAGCUGAGCACACAACUGGGAGCCCAGCAGCACCUCCCCUAUUUAGUGAUGCCCUGAAGCCUGUUGAUCUGCUGCUUGGUUCACCAGGAAAGGAGGCAUGAAUUUGUGUAGCUUGUGUUGGGGUGGCAGGAGGUUGUUGCUUCUCUUGUCAUGAGUCUGCCUUUGCCCUAUAUGUUGCGAAAUUGCACUUCUUCCAGGAAUUGUAGCACAUGUCCUCUCUCCGGUCUUCCCUGCCCACGGUCUGUAUUUGGCUCCUUCAUGCUAUAUUGAGUGAGCAUUUCAAGUGCUGUGAUGCUGUCCUCAGAGUGGUUUGAUUCAAAAUCACUGAUUUCAUAACAACUUACAUUGACAGGCAUGAAACUUAUUUAAAUAACCAAAAUCAAUCUUGGUUUGCACUGGCAAGUCUGACUUAUUUCUUUGUACUUUGAUUCUUACUGGUUGAUAAUAAUUUUUUGUAAUGGAAAUGAUACUGUAAUUACAUGCCAUUAUUUAAGAUGCAGUACUUUCCCUCACAAUUUUGAUUUUUUUUAUUCUAAGUAGAAAAUGGAAGUGGAUUAUUAUACCAGAAAACAGGAUGUUUUGGUUCAGUACAAUGAUUUAGUAGAAAAGCUUGAUUUUGUGUGAAACUAUAACUUAGCUGAGUUGCACACAACCAGGCAUUUUCAUGGUAUGCAUCAUAAUUUAAAAUGAAGGAAUUUUCUAGGUUGCAUUCCUAGAAUCCUGCAAGAGGAGGAGCAUGUGGGCUGGGCGAGUGGAGCACAUGCGCACAAACCGGAGGCUGCAGAGCCUGCUGAAGACCCAGAGGGAGCUGAUAGGCAAGGAGCUGUGGCUAUACAUUGGGAUCAACACAUUUGAUUAUCUGGGCAGCAUCCUGAGCUACGUGGUCAUUGCCAUUCCCAUCUUUUCUGGUGUCUACGGCGACCUGAGUCCAACAGAGCUCAGUGCCCUUGUCAGCAAGAAUGCCUUUGUUUCCAUCUACCUCAUUGGCUGCUUCAGCCAGCUUAUAGAUCUCUCCAGCACUGUUUCUGAUGUAGCUGGCUACACACACAGGAUUGGUGAACUGCAGGAGACCUUGCUGAGCCUUGGCAGAAAAGAAAAUGGUAACUACUCAGAAGCCAAAACCAGCUGGGAUUUGGACAGCAGCCAUUCUGGGGAGGACCCAGUGCCAAGGGACACAGCUUUCCUUCUGGAGCAAGUGACACUCUCAGUACCAUCCUCUGGCAAGCUGCUCAUCAAGGACUUGAGCCUCAGGAUCUCACAGGGAAACAGUGUGAUGAUUGUGGGAAACACCGGUACAGGGAAGACAUCUCUCCUGAGGGUCCUCGGAGGACUCUGGGAGACCACACGGGGGAGCAUCAGGAUGCUGACCUGCUUUGGCCCCCGAGGAGUGGUGUUCCUACCGCAGAGGCCCUUCUUCACUGAUGGAAGCCUGCGUGAGCAGGUGAUCUAUCCCCUGAAGGAGAUCUAUCCACUUUCAGGGUCUGCAGACGAUGAGAGGAUUGUGCGAUUCCUGGAGCUGGCUGGUCUGACUGAUUUGCUGGCAAGGGCUGGAGGACUGGAUGAACAGGUGGACUGGAACUGGUAUGACAUCCUGUCCCCAGGGGAGAUGCAGAGGCUCUCAUUUGCACGGCUCUUCUAUCUCCAGCCAAAAUAUGCAGUGUUAGAUGAAGCCACCAGUGCCUUGACAGAAGAGGUGGAGCAUGAACUGUACCGCAUGUGCCUUCAGCUGGGCAUGACACUGAUCAGUGUGGGACACAGACCCAGCCUGGAAAAGUUCCACAGCUGGAUUUUGAAACUUCAUGGGGAGGGAAGAUGGGAGCUCACUCGAUGUGAGAAGAUGAAGCGGCUCCCCUCUGAGGAAGGAUACUGAAGAACUUACCCUUGUCUGGCCAGCCACAGAACCUGCACAUUUGUGGAAGAGCUCUCAAUAGCAGACAUGGAGCUGCCAAACCAGCAGCUGUGUCAAACCAGUUCUGGAUUUUGCUGAUGGACAGAGAGUAUGUCUGAACUCAUGGUGUGGAGCUCUGCCAAGAGUAGGCACAACUAUGCCACCCUUCUCCCAGCCUCCUUCUGCCUUCCUGGCUCUCACAAGAGAAAGGAGCUGACCUCCUAGGCCACCCUGAGAGACGAUGCUGCUUCAUGGGUCUUGUAGAAACAACAGCCAGAGAAACCUCCACUUUGUCUGGGAUACAUUGGAGUGAGGUGAGAAUGCAACCUCCUUUUCUGCCCUCUGUGCCUUGUGAGGAGCUCUGUCUUUGAUACACAGCUCUGCAGAACAGGUUUAUGUACCUUGUGGCUCUGUCGAGAAUUGUGUUUUCCAACAGGAGACAAGGGGAGGAGAAUGCUAGCACAGGGCAUGUCUCUGCUCUGUUUGUAACACAUGGCUACAGGUGGAAGGAACAUUUUUGUAUUAAAAUCUGGGGUCUGUUUUCAAA